GAACGACACAAUCCAGGAUCAGGACAAAUCCACAAGGAUCAAAUCCAGCUAACUGAGUGAGCCACGUUGAACAGAUAUGCAGGUGGAUAUGAGUGUGCAGAGCUGCACACUGGAGAUUAAAGUGGGUGACCUUAAAUGCAUAUAUACAUAAGCACUUGGAUUCCGUUUUAAAAACUCCUGUACAUGCUGUUCUUUACAUUGUAUCUGAAUUAAUUAAUAAUAUGACUUUAUCACCCCCAGUAGAGUUUUUUUCUAAACAAUUUUCUGCAGUAUCAGUUUAACAUGAGAAUAGUAUUAAUUCCAGCACUGCUGUUUGUAAUUUUUGUUUUUGGACUGCAACUGUUUAAAUACUGACUAAACUUGAUCAGAUUUCAUAGACUCUGAAUCCAGUUGCCUUUUAAUCCUUGUUAUGUUUUGCAGUAAUACGCCCGCUGCGUAAGCAUGUUUGCCAUGUGAGUGUGUUUGUGAGUGUGUUUGUUGUUUUAGGCCUCUGACGUAUAUUAGGGAGAGCUGUGAUGGAAAGGUCGUGUAGUGAUGGAGCUUUGACCAGUGAGGAGAGGAUGAAAUGGGCUAAGCAAGCACCCUAACACGCCGCAGUGUCUCUGUGUCCGCGGGACCGUCAGUGGAAAAUGGAAGUCAUGGACACUGUCAUGAAGGGUAACCCUACCAGCAUACUUAUUAUAAUAAGCAUUCUUCAAGGAAUUCAGAGUGUCUCUAUAGAACAUAAAACGGAGGUGAAUGCGACAGUUGGACAAAAAAUCAGCUUGCCAUGCAUCAUGCCAGAGAAGCAUCCAAAAAUCAUCCAACUACAAUGGCAUAAGGAGGGAAAACAUGGACACCAAAAAUUAGUGACAUUUAAUCCUACAUUUCCUACUUAUUAUUAUGCAAAUGUCACACUGCAGCUGGUGCCAGAAACAAACAGCACAAACACGGACAAACGAGGCUCCAUCUUGCAUUUGCAAAAUGUUACUGAGGAGGAUAGUGGAGAAUAUGUUUGUGAUAUCGCCUCAUUUCCUGAUGGCAGCAUCAAAAGCUCCACAAACGUCCAAAUUACAGUGCUAAAGGUUUUAAUUAAGAUUACACCCUCUGACAGGAAUAUAAUAGAAGGGGAUACAGUGAGCAUCAAAUGUGUUGGUGAUCCUCCGCCUGACAAGUACAUAUUAUCAUUCUCGUUUAAUCAAUCAGAAAUGGAAAGUCUGGAUGGAAAGUUCAUAAUUCAGAAUAUUACUCGACACGUCAAAUAUCUAAUCUGUCAGCUCGUCAGGAAUCCUUCAGAACGAAACUUAAAAAGUCUCAGUGCACAUGUACAACUCACUGUAGACUUUCUUGAUGAAAUAGAGUGCAAUUCUGAAGAACAGAUACAAGUCGAAACUGGGACAAAUCUGACAAUUGCAUGUGAAGCAAAAUCUUCUAUGUCCUUGCAUUUUGUCUGGAAGAAGGACAACAUGACAGUGUCCUCUGGUGCCAGUUUAAACCUGUGGACAGUGAGUCCUGAUGACUCUGGGAUCUACACCCUGACUGUUCACACCAAAAAUCUGAAUCGUCUCCACAGACAGAAAGAUUUUACAAUUACUGUGGUAAACAGGACACACACAGUUCCACAGGACAACAUGGAAGUUACACCCCCAAACAGGACAAACUUGGGCAACAUGCAAGAUGAGCACUAUAUGUGUCUGCAGUCCACCACCUAAAAACUGCAAUACUUUAUUUUAAUCUUGUAGAUUUUAUGUGAUCAAUCAUUUUCCACUUUUUAAAGAAGUUGCUCAACUUGUUACAAAUAGAACAUAUCUGUGAGCAAAAAUCUGCUCUUAUUUAACAUAAACGAAAUUAGUUACUCAGAAGCCUAUAUACUGUAGCUUGCUCACCUAUACAAAAAAUCUAAAAAUAACUAAGCAAUUAGAUGCAGAAUCCCCCCCCCCCCAAAAAAAAGAAUAAAAGUAAAAAAAAUUAUAAUUAAAAUAAAGUUUUUAAAACAAAAAAAAACAUUUUUUAUGAAAACCUUAGCUAAUUUUUAAGGACACGUGUUCUAUUGCAUUAUUACAGCAGCCUUAUGCAAAUCACAAUGUUAAGUUCCAUCUAGAGUUACACUGAGAUCUUGUAUUGAAGGUCCCUGGAGACUAAUUUUCAAUGCACAAUGCCAUGAAUGCCGAAAAAGAUGAUGAACAUGCAUUAUGUCGAGCUGUGAACCUGCCUUGACCUGCCUUCAACUUUUACCUGAACUUGUACAACUUCCGGGAAGAACUUCCUUGGCAAAGAGCUGCCAUUCGCUCUCUGAGGCUCUAUGACUAAACAGUUGAGUGUGCUGAUUGUAGAAAAAAAAACUUUAAAUAAAAUCACUAAUUGUGUUUAACAAGAUAACACUGCAGGGUUGAAUAAUGUUUUCUUUCAUGUGUUUCGAGUUUCAUAUCUUCUUGUGAAUGUUAAUACUUACUGGCAGUUUGAUUAAUGAAACCGAUCCACAUAGUGAUAACAGUGAGAGCCGUUUACUGCUUACAUCAAACAACUGUUGGGUCAGCACAUUCAGUCAUGCCCCAGAUAUUAAAGGCAACACCCAUACAUUUUAAUACGUUUAUCAGAGAUGAAACGGCCGAACCUAAUGUUACAAUGGCAACAUCACAACCACACAACACCAGCAGCCACAACAUU